UGCUUGUUUUUGCAGCGUGAAACUCCCCCAUCGUCAAGCACCCUCUCGCCCAAUCACAUCAGCUAAUUUAUGCUGCAGCAUCGCCUGCAUGCCGGGGUGGAUCCCGGCUUCCUGCAUUUCUGAGUGUGAGGUACCAAUCAGACUGCGCCGUUCGGUUGGCAAUUAUCCCUUGACACGGACACGCUCUCGACGUCACCUACCGCUCGCAACGAUUCCGGAUUCAGGAUUUCUCAAUUAACAAGACUGUGACGCUAUGCCAACAGCCUUUUUUAUCUUCCUGUCAACCCCGGCGGUUUGAUGUGAUGCGUGUUUCGUCUUCAUCCUCACCUUCGUUUUCGACUUCGAAACCUUUACCUUCGCUGCUAUCUUGUCUUGUGGACCUACGGUGUUCCCAACGUGUCGCGGACAACAUACCAACAGACUGCCCGCACUGCCUUUUUCCACGUUCCUGAGCGCACCACCUCCCGCUACGGCACACGCUUACACAAGGCGGCCCGCCGUCGGUUUCUCUUCAAGUGCGGCCAACAGACCCUGACCAUUUUUCGACAAUCGCUGGAAGAUUGAAAAGCAGAUGGUCUGAUUUUUGGCGGAAUCCGAAGGGAACGGAAACUGGGUGAAUCGCUUUGCAAUCGCUUUGCAAUCGCUUUUUCCCUAGAACUACACCAACACCAACCUCCCAAGCAGCAAUGGCGCCCCAAGGGAUAGCUCCCGCUGCAAGCAUGCAGCAUUGGUCUGCUGCGAAGCUCAAGCGCGCAGUAGCCGCCAUGCUCCUCCCUCGGGAGGAUGACGAGUGCAGCCCGCAACCAAAUAUCAAUCUGUGCGAGAAGCCCGGCAUUUCGACCGCCAAAAUUACUUGGAUUGUGGUUGGCAGUGUUUUUGGUGCCCUCAUUAUUUGCACUUUGAGCGUCCUUGCAUUUUUGCACCGCCGGAAGAAGAAGAGAGAUGCGAGCGAGGACAAGAGCGAUCGGUUCCAAGCGGCAGACUACGGUCUUGACGAUGUACCCUCCACGAAGCGAUCACGCGCACACGAUAGCGACUCCAAAUUCUCGCCUGAGGGCUCGCCCAGCGGUUUUGGUCGACGUUCAAGAGACCCUCUGGAUGCCCCCAAGGAAGCAAAGCUGAGCGCCGCCCAGCUCAACGACCACUUAGACCCAUUUGACGAUCUGGACGGAACCAAUAACCAAUGGCCCAAGAGGGAUAGCAGCCGAGGCAGCCCCUUACGAGGGAGUCCCUUGCGAGGAAGCCCUCUCCGGGGAAGUCCUCUCCAGGACAAGUCAUGA